AUGGCGUCUAAAGACAGUAUAAAGGUUGAUGAAUUAUUCAAUAAGAUGAAGGAGAAAGGCUUGGAUAAUAUUGUUGAAACAUUUAUCGAAAACAAGUUGGAUAGCAGUGAGACCUUGUUGCUUCUUUUGGCAAAUGACCAAGAUUUGAAGGAGUUGAUUCCUGUGGUUGGUGAAAGGCUGUUGGUUAAAAAGCUUCUGAAAAAUGUGUUAUCUGUCACUGACACUGAUAUAAAUGAACAACAUGAAAUAACAUCGCCAAUUGCAAAUGUUUUGAACAGCGAAUUUACCCAACAAGAAGACACAGAAUUAUUGAUAUUAAAAAAGAAACCUAAACCUUCAGGUGGUCAAAAAACACUGGUUGUUGAAGGAGGAUCACUCACUAUUGGACCAACAUUAAUUGAAUCAGAGGAAUAUCUAGAUAAAGAUAAAGAUAUUGCUAAAAGUGCAAGAAUUUUCAAUAAAGAUAUGAAACGACCUUUAAAGCCAUAUGAAGAAGCUGUAAACACUGCUGCAGGACAACUGGCACUGGAUGACCCAACACUCUUGGCCAAAAGAGGAACUCUUCUCACAAAAGCUGUUGAAAAGGUCAGGACAGAUGGUUCCUAUACAUACAAGAAAGGCUAUUCCAGAUCAGAAUCAUCAAGCAGUACCAGUAGUGAAGAAGACUGCAAGCAUCCCAAAAGAGCCAAGUUGAUGUCUGAUGAAAGGCAAAAGGAGAUACAGAAUUUGUCACAGUUAAUUUCUAUGUCUGAAGAUGGCAUUAAAAUGCGCCAAUUAGAAUUGGGUAAGGCCAAAACUGUCAAUAACUACACCAAAUGUGCUGAAAUUACCGACAAGAUCAGGAAACUAUUCAAAGAAAAGAAUGACUACUCCAAACAGCUAGCAGCCUUACAGAAAAAGGAAUCCAAAUCAGUGUGGUAUCACAAGAACAAGGCAUCCACAUCUGCUGCAAGUCCACAAGACAAGCCUCCUAAAACAGCUGCAAGUGGUGGAUUAAAGGCUGCUUUUGAAAGAAUGAGUAAAAACAAUGAGCAGUCAAGCAACAUAGAAUGUUUCAAUUUUGAAAGCUCAGAUACGUCGUCUUCAGGUGAUUUAGAUAGUGUUUAA